CUCCACUUCAUUUUGCUGCUAUAAAUGGUGACAUAGAAAUUGUUAAGAUGCUUCUAGACAGAGGUGCUAACAUUGAUGCUAAAAAUCAGUAUGGCAGAACUCCGCUUCACAAUGCGAUUGAAAAUAAGAAAAUGGAAAUUACCGAACUACUUUUAAAUCGUGGAGCUAACAUUAACGUCAGAAGCAAUGAUGGUAUAACUCCUCUUCAUAUUGCAGCUGAGAGAGAGUAUUUACAGAUUGUUGAGCAUCUUUUAAAAUAUGGAGCUUAUGUUAAUUGUGUGUGUACUUCAACAUGGAAAAAAGGUUAUGCACCACUGCACUUUGCUGUUGAAAAAGGUAGUAAAGAAGUUAUCACGUUGCUUUUAAGUAGAGGUGCUAAUUAUACGCCACUACAUUUUGCUUCUGAACUAGGCAAUGAAGAAGCUGUGAAAUUAUUCUUGAAUAAAGGUGCUGAUAUUAAUGCUAGCACAAAUAGUAAUUUAACGCCACUUCAUAUUGCUACCAAAACAGGACGUAAAACAGUUGUAAAGCUGCUCUUACAACAUGGAGCUAAAGUUGAUAAUCAGGACAAAGAUGGUAAAACCACACUACACCUCGCUGUUGAAAAAGGAUAUUUAAUGAUUGUUGAGGAUGUUUUAAAGUAUUGUCCUGAUAUUAAUCAUCAAAGUAACAGAAGCUCUCUUAAAAUCGCAGUGCACGGCUAUGGAGAAGAGUAUAAAAAGAUUGUUGAGGCUCUUCUAGAAUAUGGUCUUAUUGUUAAUCUCGAAGAUGCAAAGGAAUUUUUGAGAAAAUGA